CACGGUGCAUUUUGAGUUUGCGUUUAAUUCAUUUUUCUUCAGUCCACGACGAUUAACCAUGCCGAGCGGUUGGGUGUAUUCGUGAAAGCGGCGUUAUUAAGUUUUAUUGCCAAUUGUAAUGAAAUCAUUGCAUUAAAGUGAGCCAAUUAUUAAUUGCAGAAAAUUGUGAAAUCAAGUGAAGCGCACAAAAUAGCUAACGGUUGUUUAGCGCUGGCAAAAGCCUGAAGUGCCACUGUGAAAAGUUACUGGUGCUUGCGUGUAUAUGCGUUGAUCGGAUUUUCCAUGCAUGUAAACGCCAAGGAAGCUUAGUAGAAAUUUUCGUGAAUAUUCGUGUAAUUUACUGAAUGAAAUGAACGACAGCGUGUCGAAGUAAAAAAUCGUUAAAGGCGAAAUUGUGCCAAACGAAGCAAACAGCCGAAGUUGCUAAAGCAAAUAGGCUGGCAGGCUGUUAGGCAGUCCGUUAGCCAGUCAACAAGCCAGUAAAGUAACGCGCAUAGUUUUCGGAGGAUAAGUUUUGCAACACGCUCACGUUCUAGGCAACGUUGCGGCGUUCAAAGGGGGUGUAAAAAUUUCACAUCCUUCACCCAAGCACUGUGCGUGUGUGUUUGUGUCUCGAACUACUAGUGGCUAGCAUGCUAGGAAUAUCAUAUACAAAAAACAACAACAAAUUAAGUGAAAUACGAAAUCGCGUGCUAUUGACCAGCGCAUGUCAUAAAAAAAAAAUUGAGAUUCGCACGUGCUACAACAACAAUCGUUAAAGGAAGUGCGUACCCAAAAGUUCGAUAUUUGUACUUGAACUGCCGAAAAUAGCCAAGUGCUGUUAGCAGGAGUGUUAAAUUUAGUCGGUUCAUGCAAAUUUAUACCGUGGCGCGAAAUCUGAACGCCCCAAUGUUUGUGCUGCUAGAAACCGUUAAUUGCUGCGAAACAUGAAAUUCGCAAGUUAAUACAUUGACGGACUCUACGCCACACACUUAUGCGGACCAGUGACCAAAAUUGUGUUGUACACGUGCAAGGCACGUCACUCACGAAUCCUGCGAGACUAAUCAAUUUCACAAAACAUUUGCCCCAAACGAAAAUAUAGCAAAAAAUUCUAUGAAGAAAAAUCGUGAAAAUAAAAAUGAAAAUGAAAUGUGUGAAAAUCAUGUUGAACGCCUAUAAAAUCAGACGGAUUAUGGCCAUUGUGCAAAGCGACGAGCGCCAGACACUCCACUCAUGAAAAAUACACACACCCCCAACACUCACACACGCCUUAACACACACAUACAUCAUUGUAGGCCUAAAAUUGGCUAAAAUCUAAACAAAAGUGAAACCGCAAAGCAAAGCAAUAAAAAUUAAGCCGAAAGGUGGUGCGAAGGACACGCGCGAAACGCAAGAACGCGUGCUUUGUGUUAAUUAAAAAAGUUGAGAGGUCAAAGUCUGUGUGUGCAAAGAAAAUACAAGCGACACUCGCGGGCUUAACUCAAGCAAUAACAACAACUACGCGCCGCAGACACAGCAAUCCUUUCGCGUGAGCAGCGGAAUUUAAAGCGAAGCGACAAAGCAUAAAAGGACUGCAAAUGACGCAUAGCUCAGCGUCAGCAGCUUCGAUUUUGUUUGCCCGCUGUGUCAAACUUUCGUUUUGGUUUGAAGCCUUGUGGCAGAUGCCGCAUAUUCCACGGGCGUAUUAAGAUCAACAACUGGAACCGCGAUAAAGUGUUUGUGAUAGACAAGCGAAGCAAAGUUUUACAAAUUCUCCACUUUUUCGAAAUCGAAAUAUUUUCUAAAUUAUUUUCUCGCUUAAAACUCGCGUAAACCCAAUUGCGUGACGAAUAUUGUGAAUGAAAAAUAUUAAUAAUUAAUUAAUCUCCAACUUGUAGGAGACAGAGUGACCGACUUGCCGCUUCUUGAGCACGCAAGCAAGGCACUGAAAAAGAAAUAUCAACAUAUCCAAAAAACUAAACAAUUAGAGAGAAAUAAUAAUUUCCAUUUGAGGUUAGAAAUAAACAUAAACACAUAUCCUGCAUACUUAAAUGUGCGCGGCGAACACAAUUGCAAGAAGGACUCAUGACACGCGAGCACAAGCAAGUGAAAUUCGAUACAUAUUAUCAUAUACGUUCCAAAGAGAGACAAGUCAUGCAUCCACGUGCAUAAAAAAUACCUAAACUCACAUAUCUAACACAAAUAACAACUAAGGCAGCGCCUAAAACAACAGAAAUCAUGCAAAAUCGACAGCGACAACAGUGUACCACCUGCCACUGCAGUCGCCGGCAGCAGCGCACAACGCUUCAACAACACCACCACCAACAUCAAUACACACGACAGCCGCAAGGUCGGCUCAAAUUUCGCACAACAACACGCCUGCUGCCACCACUGUGGCCGUUACUCCUCUCCUUACUGCUGCUGACCAGCCAGCCACGCAGUUCGCUAGCCACACGCUUUAACCGCCAAAGUCAGGGCCACAUUUCGUACGGCGCCGCAAGUGGCGCCAAUAGCCUGCCCUCGCCACACUUUCCACUCGAUGCCAAUAGUGCGUACGCGAGCAGCGGUGCCGCAGCCGGCAAGCAUCACGCCAACAUGAACAAUGAUGUUUACUCGGUGGCCGACAGUCAGGCCAUGACCGAUGAUUAUAUGGCGCAAUUUGGCAAGCCACCUGCGUCACCACCACCACCGAUAAUACCACCAUAUCUGACGCACACGCAUUCGACGUCCGCCGACAACACGCUAAUCGUGCACCACCAACCGCAUCUGAGCAGCUGUCAGACGGUGUGCGCGUGCAAGUGGAAGGGCGGCAAACAGACGGUGGAGUGUAUCGAUCGGCAGCUCAUACAGAUACCCGAGAACAUUGAUCCGUCAACACAGGUGCUGGACAUGUCGGGCAAUAAGUUGCAGACGCUGUCGAAUGAGAAAUUCAUACGCGCCAAUUUGCUGAACUUGCAGAAGUUGUAUUUGCGCAGCUGCAAAAUUGGUGAAAUCGAACCGGAAACGUUUAAGGGACUUACCAAUCUCGUCGAACUGGACUUGUCGCAUAAUUUGCUGGUUGUCGUGCCCUCGCUGGCGCUCAGCUACAUCUCAUCGCUGCGUGAACUGACGCUGGCUUCCAAUCAUAUACACAAGAUCGAGUCAAACUCGUUCGCCAGCACGCCGUCAUUGCACAAGCUUGAUCUGUCGCACUGUGACAUUCAGUCCAUAGCACCGCUUGCUUUCGAUGGUUUGGAGGGUUUAACUUUGCUGCGUCUAAACGGCAACAAGCUGGGUGUAUUGCAGCCGCGCACCAUCGAAACACUGAGCAAAUUGCAUGGCAUCGAACUGCAUGAUAAUCCAUGGCUCUGUGACUGUCGCAUGCGAGAUGCAAAGCUGUGGCUGACCCAAAAGAACAUACCAUAUCCCGUGGCGCCGUUAUGUGCCGGAGGGCCCGAGCGUGUCGUCGAUCGCACCUUCUCCGAGCUGCAGGUGGAGGACUUUGCUUGUCGACCGGAAAUGUUGCCUAUCAGCCAUUAUGUGGAGGCGACUAUGGGCGAGAACGCUUCGGUGGUAUGUCGCGCUAAAGCCAUACCUGCGGCCGUGAUAAAUUGGUAUUGGAAUGGCAGACUAUUGUCAAAUAACAGCGCGUUCAGUUCUUAUCAACGUGUACACAUCUACGAGAAUGGCCACUUUGAGAAGCAUUCGCGGUUGGUGCUCACCAAUGCGCAGGAAACAGAUUCCAGUGAAUUUUACUGCGUGGCGGAGAAUCGUGCGGGCACAGCCGAGGCCAACUUCACGCUGCAUGUAAGUAUGCGUGCCGCAGGCAUGGCAUCACUCGGAAGUGGUCAAAUUGUGGGCCUCAGUGCUGCUUUGGUAGUUUUAAUUGUAUGCAUUUUGCUGGCGGUCAUGUUUCUGCUGAUGCGUGUCAAGCGCCAACCGUACACUGAAAGCAAAACGCCCAACCACAUGGAAGUGGUGACCAGCGUCAACCAUCAAAACUCCAUAACGAACAAAACUCAACCCAUUACCGGAAAUGGCAGCAUAGGCGGCGUCGUCAUAGCCAACGGCGCAAUACCGAACUGUAUAGACACUUCAGGUACGCUAGAACGGAAGGGUAGCGCAGCGAUGUCCGCGAAUGAGGGUGGCUUCACCAAUCCUGUGCAGAAACCGCCACGCCUCACGGACUUGCCAUACUCAGCCACUGGCUACGACAACAACGGCAGUGCGUUGUCAACAGCGCCAUGCUACCUUUCGCCCACAGCAUCGGCUGGCAACAACCCAGAUCUCAUUAAUGACACAAAACGUUUCGGUAGCGAUGAGUUUGCCGAUCUGAAAAUACCUGCGAUACUAACUGCUAAUUUGGGCACCGAACUGGGCAACUCUAGUGGCGAAUACAGUCGCGCUGGUGGUUGCGACUCACUCUAUCCCUCUGGAUUGUGGGAGAAUACGCCAGCGGGCACCUCUUCCGCGGACGAUCUCUUCAUGAAGCGCUACACCGACAAAACGCCUAUCAUUGAGUCGAACCAACUGUACGAUCUGCAUGAGCGAACCGUCGACUACUUUAGCAAAACAUUUCCACGUACGCACUACAACAACUUGCAGCUAGCCGGAGGUUGUGCGUCUACCAACGGCAGUAAUGGUGGUGGUGUCGGCGGCAUGUUGCACAAUCCGUCCACGUCAUCGGCAGCGCUGCUGCACAACUCGAACGGUGGCAUGGGCGGCACCCACUCGACCGCCUCAACAACCACCACCAAUCUCUCAGGCUCAUCCAGCGCGUACGUGGGCGGCGGCUACCCCAACGACUACGGCCUACCACUGGUGCCUGGCGCCGAACACCAACACAACCAUCACCUGCAAAUGCACCCACUACAACAACUGCAACAGCAUAUGACGGCAGCAGUGGCGAGUCAACACGGCCUCGGUGGCAGCGCCAGCGCCAGCGGCAACAGCAGCAACCACAGCAGUCCACACUUCAGCAGCAGAACACUGCCACGCCUGCACGAGCAUAGCGGCAGUGGCAGCAGCAGCAGCGGCGCCGGACUAAGCAGCUCCAGAUCCUCGCCCACACCGGCGACGACCGCAGUGGCGGUGACGGUGACGCAAAACGGCACGGGCCAAGCGCACACUUCAAUUCUGCCGAACGGACAACCGGUGAACGCCAAGACAAUACGCGUGUGGCAGAAGGGUGGCGUGCCAGUGCUGCCACCGGUGACGGCGCUGAAGCGCGCGCUGACGAGCAGCAGCCGCAACUCACCGGACGAGGGCUACCAGGAGGGCUGCGGCACUGACGUGUAAAACGAGCCAGCGACUAGCAACAGCGAGACGUUCCUUACAUUAUAGGCGCAAAGGUACUUGGUGGAGUGCGACGACGACACAAACUUUUUGAUUUUCGAUAUAAGUUUUGUAUAUUUUUGUAAAUUUAGCAAUUAGUUUAUGCUUAAGUUGUUGAAUUUAAGUGAAUUUAAGUGAGUUUUUGCACAGCUGUACGCAAGGCGCGUCAAAUAGUUUUUAAUUCAUUUUUUUUUUUUUACUAAUUUACUUUCUAUAUAAAAGAGGAACAAUUUCGCACAUCCAUACUAAUACUAAUACUAAUACAAUUGACUGCAAACGAGGAGAGAAUGACGACGAUUAGAUUUUUGUACUGAGCAGCUGCGCUCCGCACUUGGCCGUUUGUGAGGCUGACGGAGCGCGGACCUGCAUAACUACUACUACUGCAGUUCGCCAGUGGUAAUAAACGUGAAUGUGAUAGUGUUUGAGUAAUUCAUAACUAAAGAUAAUAAUUGAAAAUUGUGUAGAAGGAUGAAACUUUUCAUUUAAUAUAAAUAUAUAUAUAUAUAUAAUAUAAUAGAUGCAUAAGUCACAAGAUAAAUGAAUUUCGAAUGCAUAACUACAAGUAUACUUUUAGGGUUAAUGUAAAUAAUUACUAACAGCUAAAAUCGUAAGAGCAGCACUUAGUUAAGUACCAAAUAAAAAGUAAAAAUAAGUGACAAUUAAAAGCAGUCACAGUGUUUCAAAGUUGUGAGAAAAAACAAAAAAUACGAAAGUUAAAAAAAUAUAUUUGUGUAAAUGAAAAUUCAAUGGUAAACACUGUUCGAAAAAAGUCGCCGCAAACUGACUGCAAGUGGUGCAUAAUAUUGAAAAAGUAAAUAUUUGGCGCGCAGUUGGAAAUAUUCAUGUGGCAACUGAAAUUCGGGAGUCCAUUGAGCGCGCCUAAAAUGCGGCAAGUAAACUUUCGGCAAUGUUUGCGCUAAAUGUUCGUGUGGUGUUGCAAGCAACCAAAGUCCGAAGCGCACUGUAAGUUGGAAAACAAUUAAUUUUGCAAUCAAAGUACUUUUGUUGCUUCAUUGUUUGCAUUUUAUUUGCAUACUUUCCCAACAAACUUUUACAGAUUUCUGCAUUUUUUGUAUUCUUUUUUUGUUUUACAUUACAUAAUGAGCACGGGGCCAGUCUUUGAAUUUCAGACUACAGACCAAUGAUAAGUGAAUUUGUUUAGCGUUACUUUAGGUAGCGGAAAUAAUUCAUGUUUACAAAGCGGUGGACAUAAUGUUAUUCAUAUUCGGAAGUUCAAGUUGAAAACAGCAGUUUUUUGUUUACGGCAUAAUUGAUAAUACUUGAAGGGAGUUUUGGACAGUUUAAAGCUUUUUGAUACAAUUGGUAUAUUCUAAAAAUUAAAGCUCCACGAAACGUUGUAUAAAACUAUGCAAUAUAUAAAUUGUUUGUCCCUGAAAUCUCUUAGGUUUCGAAGCCAUAAUGUCCAAGUAUAGUAUACAGUUGCUCAAAUACUUAAGUAUUUAGUGGAAUUAACGGGCCCUGAUAGCGUGAGAAGAUACCAUAUCCCAACUGUUUUAGUUCCUAUUUUUAAGCUAAUGAAUAAUAAUAACUUAAAUUUUAACGUGUCUGUACCAGAAAUUUCACAUAUUGAGCGAGUGGCUCCCAAUUAAAGGGAGUUAUGUCAGAAACAGCUGCUUUUAAAGAAAAAAGAUAGGAAAAUUCAUAACUAAAAAUGUUUAAAAAGGGCAGAAAUAUUUUCAAUAUACAAUUAUUCAUAACAAUAUUUUAAAAUUACGCCACUUUAUUCCUAGCUUUUAUACUAAUUAGCAGUUAAAACUUCGCCCAAAAAAUGUGAUAAAAUGUUUACUUUAGCGGCACAAAUAACCUUUUAUUUCCUCAAAAAAAACAAAAAUAAAAACUUUAGGUAUGCAAUUUCAAUAUGUCGUCACCUAAAAUGCAAUACAACGUAUUAUGAUUAAAAUUGAAAUGCGUUGUCAGAUAUAAUAACCAAUAUAUAACCAUUUUAUAACCAAAACUCAAAUUUUGUUGCAAUAUUAGUGGUGUCUAUUAUAUUGUUUUUCCUUCGCCUGUAAACUUAUGAAGAAAUAUAACCAAUAUAUAACCAUUUGAUAACCAAUAUAUAACCAUUUUAUAACCAAAAUUCAAAUUUUUUUUUCAAUUUGAGUGGUUUUCAUUAUAACGUUUUUCCUUCGCCUGAAAACUUAUGAAAAAAGAUAACCAAUAUAUAACCACUUGAUAACCAAUAUAUAACCUUUUUAUAACCAAAACUCAAAUUUUGUUUCAAUAUGAGUGGUUUCCAUUAUAAUGUUUUUCCUUCGCCUGUAAACUUAUGAAAAAAAUGUUACGUUAGUUUGCAUUUUGGUGACGAUUUGUACCUCAAACUGUCCGUUGUUGAGUCACUUUUUAAAAAAAUGAUUAUAACUCAACCAAAUACUUUAUGUAAAACUUUAAUUUGCUUUGAUUAUUAAAAAAAAAAAUAUUUCACUAAAAUUGUAAUAAUAUUACAACUGUUUUUAAACCCGAACGCUCACUUGUCUCCUACCAUUAGUAUUAUAGUAAACUUUUACAAGUUUCUUAAUCGAAUUAGCUUUCGAAUAUGAAUAUGAAUAGCUUUCACAUCUUUUGUCAUGAAAGUUCUGAAAGCUUUUACUUAUCAUUGGUAAUCGACGCUGUUGAACUUUUCUUUCACUUACACUUUAAAUACUGCCGAAUUGGAUUACUAUUACAACUAAGUAGACUAACCAUUAGUAGACAUGUGUAAGAUGAAGUUUACAGUUACACAAACCCAAUACCAGUGUUUAAAUGUAAGCGUUAUGAAAAGUAGGAGCAUUACUCGUAAGCGUGGCGGACUGUUGAAAAGUAAACAAAUUAAAUCUAAAACUCGGCUCUUUUUAUACUUUUUUACACUCUUUCGAGAGUAAGCACAGCGCUGUAAUUUAAUUAAAGCGAAGAUAGUUUGUUUCAUUUUUUAUUAAAUAAAUAGUUUCAAAGUUGACGAACAAACAGGAAAAGUAUGAAAAGCAGCGCAGUUUAGGGAAACAUGCACAUACACACAGAGACAAAUUCAUGGAAAAAUCCACUUUAAACAUAACUAGAGACAGACAUACAUACAUUUCAGCAGGUGAAUAUACGAAAUUUACACACGCAACUGUAUGCAAGUUAGAAUGAGAAGUUGAGCAAAGUAAAAACACAAAAGAGAAGAUAAAAUGUAUAAAAUAAAAUAUUUUUAUAGCAUACUUAGUACUUGAAAGCAGAUAGUGUAAUAAUAAUAACACAGAACGGUAUAAGUGCGUGCUUUGGCCAACGCAAGUGAGGCAUGUGUGUGUGAAAAAGAAGCAACAGAAAUUCGAAAGCAGGAAACUUGAGUAUGCCGCAGCGUUGUAGAGUAAGGAAGAGUAAGCGUGGCUUGUGUCUUAAGCACAGCAAAUGUUAGUUUAGCUUUGUGUCGAUUGAAAGCCAGAGCACAAUGCGAGACUGACGCACACAAACUCACACUUGUAGUCAAGCAAAGCGAUAGGCAGGUGUGCGUGUGUGUAUGCAUGGAACAUAUGAAAUGGAAACCGCAAGAAUUUAUGGCUCAGUGCAAGAAAUCGAGCAGAGUUUAGGCAAUAACCGUAAAUAAAAAUACGACAUACAGACCGCACAGACAUCGACCAACAGCUACAAAGUCAGACCUAAACGAAAUUUGCAUACGAAAAUGUAAAUAAAAUAAAAUAUCAUGCAUCAAAUUCAUUUACACACCAACACACAAAUGCCCACUGUACAACAAAAAAGCAAAAACAAAGAAAAAUGCAAACAAAUAUGCCUGCAAAUCCUUGCGGACUUAGAACUACAUUUCAAGCCGCAGCUGCCGAAAUUCCUUGAAAGCUAACGAAUAUUAUUGUAAAGUUGCCCACAUUGGAAUGUGUCAUGCGUGUAAAUUGAAAGCGAAACCAUAAAACUAAAAUCAAUUCAUAGACUUAUGUGCUUGGGACAAAUCCGAAAAGCACCACAAAUGAAAUAAGUAAUUAUUGUGUCACGAUAAAUACCCCCCCUCAGUGUAUAAACUCCGAGCAAAUGUGUGUAUAAAAGUAAAACAAAAAAAUAUUAAGAAAUCACAUUCCUUGCGCUCAAAAAAUGGUUACAAAAGUAUAACAAUAAUUUCAAAAGUUACGUAAUCAAAUAAAAUCAAUACACCUGUAAGCAGUUGAUAGUCAAUAUGCGUUUGUAAAUACUCAUGAAUGUAAAGUAAAAUUGCUGUGCUCCCGCUAAAGCGCUCAUUUGUACAUACAAACACACACACACAUCCACACAUAGACCCCGAAAUAUAUUUUCCCAAACGUUUGAAGCAUGUAAAUUUGUAAUAAUAUGUUUUCGCGUGCUAUCGACGUCGUCAGUUGUAGGUGACCAACGUCACUGUAAAUUGUAUCAUAAGCAAGCGUGUUUGGCGAAGCAUCAAAACAACUACUAAAUAUAAACGAACGAUACAAAUAGCAACUACAAACACAACAAAAAUGCAAGUUUCAUGCCAAUGUGGCGCCACAGCACACAACAAACACUGCAACUCGUGACAGAAUGGCGCCUGAAAGUAGGCUAGCCAGGAGCCUGCAACUCCAGCUUCACACGAGCAUGCAAACCCACACACACAUAUCCACACUCACAUAUCAACACUCACAUAUUAAUACUCGUAUCGCUGUUGGGUAAAAGCAGCGGAACACUAGCGCAUACACACACACACAAAUACACUCAUACAUAUACCGCAACUUAUAUCAUUCAUGCAUAUGUAAGUAAGAAACCAUUAAGGACUAAUAAUCUAGUUUAUAGUAGCUGUUUAAGUCUAUAUUAUAUACGUAUAUGUAUAUGUAAAAAGUAAAUGCGAAAAUUAAACAUUAUGUGUAUGUAUUUAUGCAUCUGUAUUUGUAACUGUAUGGUAAACCAAAGACUUUUUUCUUUGAAAUAAAAACCUAAAACAAUAAGUAAACGAAACAAAAACAAAAUAUGUAUAAUGAAAGAAAAUUACACAAACCACACGAGGGAAAUGCGAAUUAAAAUAAAAACAGAAAGCAUUAACGUAUAUAUAUGAGCUGUAAAUCCCAUAUAUAUAGGAGAAUAUAAAAAAAUAA